AGCAGUACCAUUUUGGUAAGGUGCAUGGAGCGCCGUUCGUCAUUCAGGCAGCCUUGCUAGUCAUCAGUUGUUUACCAAAACUUUACCACCGAAUUGACCGUGAGUAAUUGUAGUACACUCAUCAGAAUGAUUGCAAGGUAUCAAGCGUCGGUGGUGCUUGUGGUGACGCUGUUGUCUACGCUGUGCAGUCUGGUAGGUGGUGCCAAUAUUCUCGUUGUUUAUCCGAGCAUCAGCAAGACGAAUUACAUCUUUGGCCAAGCGUUGUUCGAAGAGCUGGCUACACGUGGCCACAAUGUGACGAUUGUAAGUCCGUUCGAGGUGCAGUACGGCCAGGAGAAUAUACGGCAGGUAAGGAUAACCGGGUUAUUCAGUCACAUCGAAGAUUACGGUCUGAAUGUGAACGUGUUCACUAAGCGCGACAAGUCCAGCUUCUAUGGCAACACCAACCUGAUCUACGGUACGGCAGCUAUCGCCGAUUACACCUUAGGGCAUCCGAAGCUCCAGGAGUUGCUCCAGAACCCAACCGAGACCUUCGACCUGCUCAUUCUGGAUCAGGUGCUUUGCGACAGUUUGCUCGGUCUGGCUUAUCACUAUGGCAUACCGGCGAUUGUGUAUAGCUCAUCCGGCCCCGACAAGUACACCAACGAAAUGGUGGCCAAUCCACAUAACUCGGCGUACAAUCCGAUACCAUCGCUCGGGUACUCCGACCGGAUGACGCUGGUGCAGCGUGUCUGGAACACGUUCGUCUCGAUAUGCGAGCAGUUCAACUACAAGUACCUGUACCUACCGUCCCAGGAAGCCGUUUAUCAGCGGCAUUUUCAGCGCCCAAACCUUCCGCCCUUGCUCGAUCUGAUCCACAACGUGAGCCUCGUGAUGGUCAACAGCCAUCCGGUGAUCACCUUUGCCCGGCCCAUGGUGCCAAACAUGCUCGAGAUCGGUGGAGCUCACUUGCGAACGUUUGAAGAUACUGGCUUCUCCCAGGACGUCAUCAAUUGGGUGGAAAAGGCACAGAACGGGGUCAUUUACUUCAGCGUCGGUACGAACAUCCGGUCAGCGGACUUUCCCGAUUAUUUACGUGAAGCAUUUACGCAAGCAUUCGCGCGGUUGGACCAAGUGCUCGUCAUUUGGAAGUGGGAGAAUGCAACGCUCGUGAACCAACCAUCGAAUGUUAUCGUGGGUCCCUGGAUGCCACAGCAACAGCUGUUGGCACAUCCGAAUGUUCGGCUACACAUCACUCACGGUGGAUCGUUGAGCAUGAUGGAAACGGUGCACUAUGGUAAACCGAUCCUUGGACUACCGUUGGCCGGUGAUCAGGAGAUACUCGUGAAUCGGGCAGUGGAAGCCGGAUAUGGUCUAAAACUGGACUAUCAGAAUGUAACAGAGGAUAUGGUGUUUGAACAGAUACAACGCAUCAUGAACGAUCGGAGCUAUCGUCUAGCGGCAUUGCAAGCGUCUCGACAUUUCCGUGAACAGCCUCAGAAACCGAUGGAAAAAGUUAUGUACUACAUUGACUUUGUGCUCAAACGGGACGGAGGCGUUAGCUAUCUGCGCAGUGGUGCCCUGUACCUGUCCUUUUGGUCUCGGCAUGUAGUUGACGUGGCCAUAAUGGCAAUUCUUAUCGUGAUGGUCCCCGUAGGUCUUUUUGCCACGCUGAUUCAAAUCAUUCUGCGAAAAACCCAUGACCGGAAGGUGCAGAAAACCACAUCAACCUCCACGGACAGCAAGCGACCCGAGCCGAAAACAACGAAAGGAAAUGCAAAAGUGAAGCGAAACUGAGGUUUUUCUUUGAUAUUUAAUAGGAAAAACGUUCUCUUUGCCUGCUUACCCGUUACAUCCCUGUUUUAAUAAAGUAUAUAAGUUAUACAAAUGGA